UUCUACAGUUUGUUGACUCUUCAAUGAAUGUUAAAGAAGAGUUCAUGUGUUUCCUGCAUUGCAAAUGGGGGUUGAGUGGUCAACAACUUUCAAAGCUUAUUUUAGAAACUCUAGAGAAAUUUGCCUUACCCAUUAUGGAUUGCAGGGGACAAGGUUAUGAUGGUGCAGGGGCUGUUUCUGGGCAUAUAAAUGGUUUAGCAGCCCACAUUUUAAGAACUAAUCCUAAAGCUCUUUACACUCACUGUUACAGUCAUCGACUAAAUUUGUCUGUCUGUGACACUCUUUCUAACGUUGAAAUUAAUAACAUGUUAUCUGUUGUUUCUCAAGCUGCCAAUUUUAUCAACAUAUCACAGACACGCAACAUACCCUUUGCUGAGCACGUUAAAAAGUCAGAUGUUCAGACCAAGAAGGCAAAACUGGUACACUACCAAUCACCUCAUGUGAAUGUGAGAGAUCAAUUUCAGCACUGAGGAAUCUAAAAACCUACCAAAGGAGCACUAUGGUAGAGGAACGUUUAAAUGGCCUGGCUUUAAUUCAAAUUCACCCAGAAAUUAU